UGGUUUCCGGUUCCGCUUUCGGCUGGAGCGAGCGGAUGGCGUUGGUGCCGAACGGCGGUGAUGGCGGCGACCCAGCGGCCUCUCCCCCCAGCUGCAAGCGGCCCCGGGCCGAGCUGGAGCCCCAGGCGGUGCCGGGGGAGCCCGGGCCGAGAUCCGGGCCUGGGCUGAAGCCGGAGCCUCCUGUCGCCCCGGCCCCGGGUAACCUGGUGACGGUGGUGCUCGGCGCCCAGUGGGGGGAUGAGGGCAAAGGGAAGGUCGUGGAUCUGCUCGCGCAGGACGCCGAGCUGGUGUGCAGGUGUCAGGGUGGAAACAACGCCGGCCACACCGUGGUGGUGGACUCCGUGGAGUACGACUUUCACCUGUUGCCCAGCGGAGUCAUCAACAAGAACGCCAUCUCCUUCAUCGGUAACGGUGUGGUGAUCCACUUGCCUGGCCUGUUUGAGGAAGCUGAGAAGAAUCUUCACAAAGGGAAAGGGCUGGAGGGCUGGGAGUCCAGGACGGUGAUCUCAGAUCGCGCCCACAUUGUGUUUGAUUUCCACCAGGCGGUGGAUGGGGUGCAGGAGCAACAGAGGCAGGAGCAGGCCGGGAAGAACCUGGGAACCACCAAGAAAGGCAUCGGGCCUGUGUACGCGUCCAAAGCCUCUCGCACCGGCCUCCGCAUCUGUGACCUGCUGUCGGACUUCGAUGAGUUCUCAAAGCGGUUCCGACUCCUGGCUGAGCAGUACAAAGCCAUGUACCCCAUCCUGACGGUGGACAUUGAGGGGGAGUUGGAGAAGCUGAAGGGCUACGUGGCCAGGAUACGGCCCCUGGUGAAGGACGGGGUGUACUACAUGUACAAGGCACUGCACGGCCCCCCGAGGAAGAUCCUGGUGGAGGGGGCCAACGCGACACUGCUGGACAUCGACUUCGGUACUUACCCCUUCGUGACCUCCUCAAACUGCACGGUGGGGGGGGUCUGCACCGGCCUGGGAAUCCCCCCCCGGAACAUCGGGGCUGUGUACGGUGUGGUGAAGGCUUACACCACCCGUGUGGGGGUGGGGGCUUUCCCCACCGAGCAGGACAACGCACUGGGGGAGAAGCUGCAGACUCGGGGACGGGAGGUUGGGGUGACCACAGGCCGUAAACGCCGCUGUGGUUGGUUGGACCUGGUGCUGGUCAAAUACGCCCACAUGAUCAACGGCUUCACAGCUCUGGCGCUCACCAAACUGGACAUCCUCGAUACCCUCGAGGAGCUGAAGAUUGGAAUUGGCUACAGGCUGGAGGGCAAGACUAUUCCCUAUUUCCCAGCCAACCAGGAGGUGUUGAACAAGGUGGAGGUGGAGUACGUGACCUUCCCAGGCUGGAAGACCAGCACGGAAAAGGCCCGGUCCUUCCAGGAGCUUCCGGACAACGCCAGGCAGUACGUGAAGUACAUCGAGGAGCAUAUCGGCGUUCCCAUUAAAUGGAUCGGGAUCGGAAAAUCCCGCGAAUGUAUGAUCCGGAUAUUCUGAGGCUGUUCGGAAUAGCGGGGGGGCGGCGAGGUCAGAGCGGGGUUAACCCUUUGUGAGGCUGGUGGGACACACUCGAGACCCCCGCUCUGUCCUAGGACAGAGAGUUGCUAUCGCGCUUCCGCCCUCUGGUCUCCGCUCCUCUCAAUUAUCCCGACAUCGUACUUCGCUAUCGAGAGGAAUUACUCAAUCAAUUAAUCAACCAAUCGCUCGGUCAGUAACGUCCGUUACUCCCUCCGUUAGAGAGGAGAGACUUCCCUCUGGCAUUCCAGGGGAUCUUUUUUUAUUAUUUUAUAUAACCCCCCCCUCCCCCGCCCCACUUUCUGAGUGACUUUUUAUAACAUGGAUGGAUUGAACGUGUCAAGUGACAAAUGCCAGGAUUCUCGUUGGUCCUAUUUGUGUGCGCGGCUGUCGACAGGACAGCUGCCCAGCCCAGCCCAGCCCAGCCCAGCGCCCACGUGUAGUCCCCUUGCCUGUUUGUGUCGUGGGCUCUGGUUUUGCUGAGGAGCUCCCUGUAUCGCAUGGCGUUUCGACCUUAAAAGGUUUUAAAAUCAUCCCUUCGUAUCAGCAACGCACAUCUCCACCCACACACACCCACACCCACAUCCUAUGCCUGUUUCUGUCCAUCGCUGGCUGUUCUGUUCAGCAAAAAAAUGCUACUUAAAACCAGUGUGGUAUUAAAAAGGGACUCUUCACAUUCCCCCGGCACAGGCCCAGGUCCCUGGCUCAGCCGGUUUUGUACGUUCAGUGUCCACUGUAUCUUUGUCGAUGAAUAAACAGCAAUAAAUCGCACUUAACAGCAAUAAAAUAAAUCCCCCCCCCCCCCCGAAAAAAAAAAGAGGUGUAAUUGUAAGCGGUUUUAAGGACGUUACGGAUAGACCUCGGCGACCUGGGGAGAGGGGGGAGGAGGAGGGAUCCAGGUUGAUGCUGGAAUUUCCGGCUUGGGUGAUGGGGAAAAACUGGCAGUGCCGGGAAGUUCCACUACUCCUCGCUCCGAUAAUGAGGAGCCAGAGAGAGAGAGAGAGAGAGAGGAGGCGGCUCCGUGACAUAUUCCCCCCCCCCCCCCCUCUCCCAAAAGCCCUACACCGCGUCAACCAAACAUAGACUUCCAACAACUUCCGGUAAUUCCCGCCAAACCUUUCCGUUCCUCGGCCGUUGGUUAACAGCGACGGGGUCAAGCGUUUGUUCAGUCAUCCCUUAAAGCAAUCGCUGAACCGGUGGGCCAGACUGCCAAAGAGAUGUCCUGUGCUGUUGCCUCGAUCUGUCUCCACACUCCUUUCACUACUGUCUAUGCACUGAAAUGUAAUAAAGCACUGAAAUGAUCAUCGA